AUGAAUGUGAAUCCACAUCUCCAAUAUUUGCAGCAGCAUCAACAGCUGCAUCAGCAGCAGCAGCAGCAGCAGCAACAACAACAACAGCAACAACAGUCAGGUAACCAGCCUCCUAUAAGCAUUAACAUGUCGUCACCUCAAGUGUCCCUGUUGCAGCUUCAGCAGCAACUCCAAAGACAGCAGUUGUUGAGUCAACACUUGCAGUCACAGGGCCAACAACAACAACAACAACAACAACAAUUAGCAGGCAAUUCAGGUACACCCGGCGCAGCCAAUCAGCUUCUAGCAGUUAUAAAUGGUGGAGGAGGGUCUAAUAAUAUUAGUGGAAACUCCAAUGUUAUGAAUGUUGCACUCAACAGUAACAACACCAAUAUGAAUCCAUUAAUUCAGAUGCAUUUACAGCAGCAGCAGCAGCAGCAGCAGCAACAACAACAGCCGGCACAGUCUCAAUUCCAACAAUCGCAACAACAGUCGUCACAGUUACAACAACAGUUUCAACAAUUGCAACAACUGAGUCAGCAGCAACAUGUUCCUAUUAUAAAGGAAGUUUGGGCUUACAACUUGGAACAGGAGUUCCACAACUUGAGAACGUUGAUCAACGACAAGUCACUGAGUGUUUAUGUAGCUAUUCACCAAGAGAUCCCCGGGAUUGUGGCCCGUCCAGUGGGUACUUUCAAGUCCUCAGCUGAUUAUCAUUUCCAGACCUUAAGAUCCAAUUCAGAUUUACUUAAUUUAAUUCAAUUGUGUUUGUGCGUGACCAUGAUCAAAGAUAAUACGGUUAGUACCAGUGUUAUUUGGCAAUUCAAUUUCUUUUACGAUCUUAACGAAGAAAUGUAUAACGAAGAGCAUUUAAGUAUGCUUUCCCAAACUUCACAGAUUAAUUUCCAAUUACAUAUGAGUCAAGGGAUAAAACACUUUUCAUUUGCUGAAUUAUUUAUUGAGAGUGGGUUAGUAUUAGAUUCUUCAAUCAAUUGGAUUAGUUAUCAUGCUGGAUAUGAUUUAGGGUUUUUGGUAAGUUUAGUUCUUAAUGAUAAUCUUCCAGUUGAUGAAGAAGAUUUCUAUUGGUGGUGUGCGCAAUAUUUCCCAAGUUUUUAUGAUUUAAAGUUCAUUGGGAACCAAGUCCUCAACAAAACUCCUAAUGACGAAUCCUCAAAGAAUUCAAAUAAGCCCUCUAUUGAAUAUCUUGCAGAGGAUUUACAUUUAUUACCCAUUUCUCCUGCUAUAAGACAAUAUUUUGCUUCGGCCACGGGCCAAUAUGGUAACCACCAACAACAAAUGACCGCCGUAUUACAUGCAUAUUUAUCCAUGGAAUGUUUCAAGGAGAUCUUUAGACAAACCGGGUUUGAUGGUUCGUUACUUACCAGAUUCAAAGGGAUUAUAUGGGGAUUAGGAUCUAUUUAUAGUCCUAAUGAGGGUACUAGUAACGGAGCAACCACUGCAACAUCGGGGAACACUCAAGUUGCCAAGACUGCUGCUCUUUUACAACCUUCUACACCUGUUUCGUCAAAGACCGGAGUGGUUCAUCUUGGAAGAGCAAUGUAA